GUCAGCGCAGGCAAUGAAAGUGCAUGCUUGACAACAGCAUAUUUGGCUGAGCUGGCGAAUCUGGAACCACAACUCGUCCCGCUGGUCGUAUGCUUUAGAUACUGGGCUAAGAUCUGUUGUGUGGACCAGAUGGAAGAAGGUGGACUUCCAUCCUACUGCUUUGCCCUCAUGGUCAUCAGCUUCCUGCAGCGAUGCAAAGAACCCGUCUUACCGUCAUACCUAGAAUCUGUGGGUUUGCACGUGAGUAAACUGAAGAGUUUCUCCUUAACUGGGGUUGAAAAAGGACAUGUGCUUUGGGUAUAUGAUCAAACCUCAAGCGACUCGUCCCAAGAUAAAGCUGUCAAGAAGGGAAAGUGUCCGCUGGUUUUCAAUGGCCGCAGUCCUUGUGUGCUGCUAGGGAAGCUGUGGAUCGAGCUAUUACGAUAUUAUUCACUGGAAUUUCAAAUACCUGAGAAAGUCAUUAGCGUGCGCACAAACGGUGACCUGUGGCGCGAUCUGAAAGACUGGCCCAAAAAGAGGAUUGCAAUAGAAGAUCCAUUCGCCGUCCAGAGGAACGUGGCCCGGAUGUUGAAUAGUCAGAUGAUGUUUGAGUAUUUGGUGCAUUGCCUCAAAACAACUUACAAGUACUUCGCUUCUCCUUCAAAAAGCCCAGCAGGGAAGGUCAGUUCAAGCAGUCAGUCUGGCAAAUCUGUGAGAGCUGCGAACCAUGUUGAUUCAGUGAAGAGAAGCCCGAGAGUGGCAGCGGAGGGUUUGAACAGGUCUCGUGUGAGGUCCAGUCCGCAGAGCGCUGAAGAGCUGGAAGACUCGGACUGCGUGAUUGAGCUGGAGCGAGACGAGGAGGAAGAAGCCGACUCUGACAUAGAGACUGAGGGUGAAGAUGAGGAAGAUGAAGGGUCUGGAUGUGAUCAUUGGGGCGAUGAGAUCUUCCCGUUCGAGCGGGAGAUGAGUGAUGAUGGGGGGUCUGAGGAAGCAUCGUCUGUCCUAAACAAACCCAAAGCCGAGCUUACCAAAUCCGAAUCUCCUCCGACGGCUCCUGAAGUCUUUCAGUAUGUCUUCAGCAAGCGGUUCUUCAGUAAUGGCAAGUCCCCCGUUCUGAUAUGCAGCCUUUGUAAGAGCGAUGGGCAUUCGAAACAGGACUGUCCCGAGGACUUCAAACGAAUGGAGCUUGAACCCCUUCCACUUAUGACUCUAGACUUCCUCCAGAUCCUCAGUGAAGUCUGUGAGCAAUGCUACCGUGACUUUGCACCAGAUGAUGUGGAGGUGAAAGUCAGAGAACAUAUUUUACAAGAUUUCGAGACUUUCCUGAGAUGCCAAGUGCCAGGAGCCAAGUUGGUUUUGUUUGGCUCGUCCAAGAAUGGGUUUGGCUUUAAACAGAGCGACUUGGACAUCUGUAUGACUCUAGAAGGCCAGGACACAGCAGAGGGUUUGGACUCCAUGGCUGUUAUCGAGAGUUUGGCUAAAGCGCUGCGGAAACACCACAGCCUGAGAAACAUCCUACCUAUUACUACCGCAAAAGUCCCAAUUGUGAAGUUUUACCACACCAAAACUGGACUAGAGGGAGAUAUAAGCUUGUACAAUACACUGGCUUUGCACAACACGCAGUUACUGGCAUCAUACGCUGCGAUUGACGCUCGGGUGAAGAUCCUCUGCUACGUCAUGAAAGUGUUCGCUAAAGUCUGUGAUAUUGGCGACGCGUCCCGUGGGAGUCUGUCUUCAUAUGCCUACACCCUGAUGGUGCUGUACUUCCUUCAACAAAGAAGCCCGCCUGUUAUCCCAGUUCUCCAAGAGAUGUAUGUUGGGGAGAAGAAGCCUGUAGUUCUUGUCGAUGGCUGGGAUGUUCAUUUCUUUAGUGAUCUGAAGAACUUGCAUAAAUACUGGCCGGGGUACAAGAAGAAUAAGGAGUCGGUGGGGCAGCUGUGGUUUGGGCUGCUGCAGUUUUACACCGAGACGUUUGACUUCAAGGAGACUGUCGUCUGCAUCCGCAGGAUAGAGCCUCUCACCACCUUCAAGAAGCAGUGGACCUCCAAACACCUCGCCAUCGAGGAUCCCUUUGAUUUGAGUCAUAAUCUUGGAGCUGGUCUCUCACGGAGAAUGGCGAGCUUCAUCAUGAAGGCCUUCAUCAACGCCCGCAGAGUUUUCGGCGCCCCCGUCAGAGACUUCCCACCAGAGUAUCCCAACAAAAUGGAGUAUUUUUUUGACCCAGAGGUGCUGACAGAGGGCAAGCUUGCACCCAAUGACCGCUGCUGCCGGAUUUGUGGGAAGAUUGGGCAUUUUAUGAAAGACUGUCCAAUGCGAAAGAGACAAAGACGUGACGCUGAUGGACGUGGUGUGAACAGACCCGAUGGCAGAGUGAUGACGGAUGGCGAACGGUGGCGGCAGAGGGAGGAGAAGUGCUGUUAUCUGUGUGGUUCCAGCGCUCACAUCAAGAAAGACUGCCUGCUGGCCAAAUCGUUAGAAUCCUCCCCAAACACACACCAAAGAAGCCCUGCGUCAGACAGACUAGACAGUCCUCAGCAGGACAGGAAAAAGAAGCGAAAAGCAAAGAGGAUGAUUUUGGGUCCUGAAGCAGGUAGUCUUGCCAGCAGACAUGCGUCAUUAAAUGCGUCUAUGGAGAAGUGGAGCCCUUUCAAGUAAAUCAUCUAAAGAGAGGCGUUUCUGGAUCUACAGCAGCCCGAGCUCAGUAUUAUCAUAAACCCGUUAGAACACCUUGAUUAAUGUGCCUUGUAUCGGUGUCUAAUUUUUAGUUUAGUUUUUUU